AUGUUCGACACUGCUAACAUCCCCCCACUCCCCUCGGCCACAGACCUCCACCGCCUCGGUUCAACCACCCCCUCAGAUUCACGCCCGUCGCUCUCUAUACCCGCCCUUUUACAACCCUUUCUGGACCUCGCCACCCCCCCUUUCAUCCGACACUUCCUCUCCACCUCCACCCCUCUCCAUGUCCCUCACCUUUCCCGCCCGCUGCCCCCAACCUCCUUCGCCUGCCACAUCACCAUCACCCGCGCCCCCGCCCCUUUCACCUCCCUCACACCUCACCGCACCCACGCUCAAUACCUCUUCGUCCCCCUCUCCUCCCAUGGCUCCAUCACCCUCGGCGUUGGCGUCCUCCAUUCUAUUGGCACCGCCCUUCCGUCGGACCGAAACACCUUCUCCCUCCCCUUCGACAUGCGCUUCGUCCAUGACGCCGAAACACGCACCCUCGUCGCCCUCCUCGACGCCCCCAAGUCCGACAACAUCCUUCUCCAUCUCUCCCGCACCGCCGCCAACCUCCCCACUUACACCGCCACCGCCUCCUUCCCGCGCGAAAAGCUCCAAGCCUUGCUCCACCCAGACGCCCCACCGCCCACCGCGCGCGCCGUGUCCGCCGCCCUGGUCGCCUUUUCUCACACCUCGCAGCGUCGCACGUGCCCGCUCUGCCCGUCCCCCUCCUGCCACUGCAACGUCCCCGAGCCGCCCGCCCCGCCGCUUCCCGCGAAAAAUGACCUCCGCCUUGUGCGCCACUCGUUCGCCCGCGACGCCGGCACCCAUCUCGGCGUCACCAGCAAGCUCGUCUUUCGGAACGGCCUACCCGCGGCAAAGCUCGCCCUGGGCGCCUACUCGGCCUUUAGCCACUCGUACGCCCCGCAGAACGUCGCCCACUUCGUCGGCUGGUCGCUGCAGCGCUACGCCACCGAGACUACGCAGGACCCGCUGCACUCGCUGCUGGCCCUCGCGCCGCCGGAGGGAGCCGAGUCGCAACCUCCCUCCGCCACCGUGUCGGAAGUUCAUUGCACGGACGACACGCUCACGAGUCAACAACAUGCCUGCGCCAUCGAUCCGCUGCUGCAGGGGGUCGACGCGUCCACAUUGGUCGACGUGGGGGCGGCAAGUGCGCAGCGGGCGGUGGCAGGGGUUGCUCCGCUUGCACUGCAGCUGCAGGGGAUCGACACGUCCACAUUGGUCGACGUGAGGGCGGCGAAUCCGGGCAUGGCCGUGGCAGGGAGUAUGCCGGUUGCGCCGCAGCCGAUUCUACCUGCGCCAUCCAGCUUGUCGGUGGAGACGUCGCUACAGAGCGUGGAGACGAGCACGGCGGACAGGCGGGAAGUGCGGAGUGUAGGGACGUGCGCGGAGGCGACUGCGGGGGUGGCGCAGUCAUGUGUUACUAGCAGCAGCUCGGAGCCGUCGCGCGGAGAGGCGGUUGCGGAGCGGAAAGGGGACGGUGAGACGGCGGAAGAGGACGUGCGCAACGUGAUGCGCAAGAUGAGGGCGGAGGAACGGAAGAUCCGAAACAGAGAGUCGGCGCAGAGGAGCAACCUGAGGAAGAAGUACAGACGGCAGGAGAUUCGCGCGGAGCUCGGUGUGCUGAUGGCGAAAAUGGAAAGCUUGAGGGGGAGGGAGAUGCGGUUGCGGGGGGAGAAUUUGAGACUGCGCAAAAUGAUCAAGGAGGAGGACGCGGAGACGGUCGGGAGGACGCGAUGAGCUCGGAGGGUAACUUGUUUUUGUUUUUCAACUGGUUGUCUAGCGCGGCUGGGGUCGAGUGGAUGGAUGUCUUUUGAAGCAUCUUGGCAGUUAUUGGUGGUCUCAUUACACGGGCGAUGAGGUUUCUGUCAUUGUACGACUACGACGUGACGAGACGGUGGCGGCAGCCGACAUGGGAGGGAUGGUCAGAUGACGAGGAAUAUGCUCUUCAGAGGAUUGUAGGAAAGUGGUUCAUCUCUUGAAAUCAAAGAGAUUGGGAGAGGGAAAAGGGAAAGCGGGGAGAAUAUAAGAAACACUGCACAAACUGCUGGACUGCCGCCUGCCUCUGCGUCGUUAGAACGCUGUUUCCUCUCACUCACUCGCGCAUAUCCUUUGCCUCGCUCUCGGCCCCCCAGCAAACAAGCGCUUGUUCAAAUUAUGGUGCGGCUUCCAAGCCGUCAUUGUUAUCCACGACCUGUUUGCAUCUGCGUGCCGUAAUUCUCUUUCUCUCAUGGAUCAAUUGCUCUACUGUACUAGUAUCGACGACAAGCGGUUUGCCUCAUGAGGUCAGACAUGGCCUCAUGUGGGGCUUGCUUUUUUUGCAAAAAUAUAUACAUAAAUCGAAACUUUA